UGUAUAAAGUAUAUAAUACAACUCCAUUGAGUGCAGAAGCAAGACCUUAACAACACAGACACUCACACAGAUAUACCAGACGAUAAAACUCAAAGCUUGCUUUGUAUAAACUUGAAUCAUGUCUUGGUGUACCAUUGAAUCCGAUCCCGGUGUAUUUACAGAACUUAUUCAGCAAAUGCAAGUGAAAGGAGUACAGGUUGAGGAACUGUAUUCACUCGACCACGACUCUCUCAAUAGCCUUAGGCCUGUAUACGGGUUGGUUUUUCUUUUCAAAUGGCGUCCAGGAGAAAAGGAUGAACGUGCUGUAAUCAAAGAUCCCAACCCCAACUUAUUUUUUGCUAGCCAGGUAAUUAAUAAUGCUUGUGCAACCCAGGCAAUCUUGUCUAUUCUUAUUAAUUCACCAGAUAUUGAUAUCGGUCCAGAGUUGACAAAACUGAAAGAAUUUACCAAGAACUUUCCUCCUGAACUCAAAGGUUUGGCCAUCAAUAAUAGCGAGGCCAUACGUACAGCCCAUAAUAGCUUUGCAAGGCCAGAACCUUUUGUCCCAGACGAGCAAAAGUCUGCUGGUAAAGAUGAUGAUGUUUACCACUUUAUAAGCUAUCUACCUGUUGAUGGAGUACUUUAUGAGCUUGAUGGAUUGAAGGAGGGUCCUAUCAGCCUUGGUCAGUGUGCUGGCGGGCAAGGUGACAUGGAAUGGCUUAAGUUGGUGCAACCUGUGAUCCAGGAACGCAUUGAAAGGUAUUCUCAAAAUGAGAUAAGGUUUAACCUCCUAGCAAUCGUCAAGAACAGGAAAGAAGUGUAUACUUCCGAGCUGAAGGAACUUCAGAAGAGAAGGGAGCGGAUUUUGCAGCAGCUGGCUGCAUCAAAGUCAGAGCGACUGGUGGACAAUAGCAGUUUCGAUGUAUUGAACAAUUCUCUCUCUGAAGUGAAUGCUGGGAUUGAAGCUGCUACUGAGAAGAUCUUAAUGGAGGAAGAAAAAUUCAAGAAAUGGAGGACAGAAAACAUCCGUAGGAAACACAAUUACAUACCCUUUUUGUUUAACUUUCUAAAGAUUCUUGCUGAGAAGAAGCAGUUGAAGCCCCUCAUUGAGAAGGCCAAGCAGAAAACAAGCAGUUCUCGGUGAAACAUUGGUGUCAAUUUUAAGAAGAGGGUCACCAUAGAUAUCAUGUUGAACUUAUUUAUAUAUUUAGCACUCUGUUGUGUUGAGCACUGAUUCUCAAGCUUUUUUCUAUCAAAGGUUACUCUCCCAUGUUUAAUAUAGAUUCAUGUGUUAACCUUGCUAGUGAAUCAUAUGUCUGGAUUUAAUAAUAUACUUUGUCAGGAUAUUAAUUUAA